ACCCUAGCCCAUGGGUGGCUCCGCCCCUGCGGCUGCAGACGAAAAAUCGGGUAUCAACAUGUUCAAGAGUCAAUGGGGGAUCGUGUGCCUCAGGUCCGGCCAACAGUCUGGUUCGCCCCAAUUCAUCAAACGGUCCUUCCUUGAAACCCCCGGCAAUGGUUACCUGAGCGACGAUUGCCUGAGGCUACUGUACAAUAUUGGAAUCCUCGAUCGCCCCUUUCCAAUAAAUCACCCCUUUCUCAGGUUCCCAGGCCGCGCCCCAGCCACCGCCAGCGACGAUUCCCUCAAAGAGAUAUAUGCUCAUCCUUGUUUAAGGAGGUGGUUCGUUGAACUUUUGGCAAUUUCAUCUGCUCCUCAGGGGAAGCUAUUGGAAAGUGUUAUUUGGGCAACUAAGUUGAAGCACAAGAUGAAGGAAGAUUAG